GGUGCGGCCCGUGCGCCCUGCGCAGCCUCCCCUCCCGUCUCCCUCCUGGUCUCCUGGAUUCUCCCACAGCACGAGCCCUCGUCCUUGCCGCCGCCGAUCCUUCCCCAAAACCUAGCCCGCCCGCCCUCGGGGCCUUCUAGAACCUUCCAUCCGGGGCGCCGCGCCUCCCCGUCGCCGACCCCGCCCUCUCUUCGCCCCCGCACCCUCCCGCGCGGCGGCCUCGCAGAUCCGGUUGGAUCGAGGGCGCAGAAGGCUCCGGUCGGGGGCACAACUCGCCCAGCCCGAGGCCAGGAGAUGGGGCAGGCGUUCCGGAAGCUCUUCGAUGCCUUCUUCGGCAACAAGGAGAUGCGGGUGGUGAUGCUUGGGUUGGAUGCAGCUGGAAAAACCACCAUACUCUAUAAGCUGCACAUUGGCGAAGUUCUCUCCACCGUCCCUACCAUCGGCUUCAAUGUUGAGAAGGUUCAGUACAAGAAUGUAGUUUUCACUGUGUGGGAUGUCGGCGGCCAGGAGAAACUGAGGCCCUUGUGGAGGCACUACUUCACCAAUACAGAUGCUCUGAUUUACGUGGUUGAUUCACUGGAUAGAGAGAGAAUCGGGAGAGCCAGAGCAGAGUUUCAGGCUAUAAUCAAUGACCCUUUUAUGCUUAACAGUGUACUUUUGGUGUUUGCUAACAAGCAAGAUAUGAAGGUGUCAAUAUGUUGGCUGUCUGUUUGUUUGUUUUAACAUAAAGUUUGCAGGAGGGGAGCAAUGACCCCGAUGGAGGUGUGCGAGGGCCUCGGGCUGUACGACCUGACUAACCGCGUCUGGCACAUCCAGGGCACAUGUGCUCUGAAAGGAGAUGGCCUGUAUGAAGGGCUGGACUGGCUAGCGACUACCCUGGACGAAAUGCGAGCCUCUGGACGGAUAACCUCAACAUCAUCAUCCUGAAACUACAUGUAACAGGACGAACAGAAAUUUGAUCCUCGUGAUUGAUCCUCGUGAUACGCCCAUUGAAGGAUCAUCUCGCGAUUCAGGCCAUGCGCUUGCACUCUUUGUUUCCUUAUUUUCAUGUUUCCCCAAUUGCUGGUUGGCUAUUCCAGCUAUGGAGUAUGGACUGGGUGAUGCAUCUGGCAACCCUAGGUUGGCAGAGUUGUAGUAAGUACCGGUCGGCGAUAUGGUGGUGUUGGUGGUGAUUUGCGUUUGGAAGAAAGGGUAGGGGUGGUGUUAUCUGACUCGUCUGCUAGUUGAGACGGGAGAGUACAUCAUCAUCAUCACUACAAUCCAUUGUGUGGGAGUGACUGUAAAUACUACCACUGAUGACAAUUGGCUCUUGUGGUUUGGAAACUGAAGAAAUGGAACCCCUACGUGCUUUCCA